AAACCCCCAAUAGCGAUAAGCGAUAGCCCUCCAGUAGGCCCAGACGCCCAGUAGGUUCAACGUGUUGCAAAGCAGAAAAAAGAUCAGUAGCCAGUAGGGACGGGUGAAAAAAAGGAUACAAGUAAAGAACCCAUCGAUACUCACCGUGUUCAGAAGAAGCAGAAAAGCAAAUACUACUCGGCAGCUUUAAGGUAGUAUUGAGAUGUUUCCAUUGCAUUGAUAAUUCUUAUGGGCCAAGCUAAUGUGCUAAGUCUGUUGUUUGCGGCUGGUGUUUGGGUGGCAUCAUAUGCAUUGGUUGCCGUGGUUGGUAUCUUUCAGAUAUUCAAUUGCCUCAGAACUUCAAUUCUGGGUUGAUCAGAACAUUUGGAGAAGCAUUUAAGGGGAAAGAGAAUAGGCAAGAGCUGUGAUUGGCUAUGCUAGCUGGUUAUUGGCCCUGCAGCCAGUGGAAAGUCGAGAAAUCAAACCCUACUAGAAUUUCAUCAAACGUUGCAAGUAGUAGAUAUGUCAAUCUCUGUGCAGUAUAUCUACUUGUUUGUCAGCUAUGUGUAUCUUCGUAUUUAGAUGUUUCAUGCUUGCCAUUGGUUUCGACUUCCAAGGGAUAACAGUCUCCAUUUUGACUGAGAUUCCUUUGCAUUGGGUUUUCAGCUUGUGAUAGAUAUUACCGAGUUCACAAGUGAUUGUAUACCUUCUCUUUCUGCAAUGGUUCAGCUUGAACGGCCUCACAUCAACAUUCUCUCUAAAUUGGACCUGGUGACGAGUAAAAAGGACAUUAACAUAUACUUGAAUUCAAAGCCUCAUUUGUUGAUAAAUCUAUACAUGGCUCUACAAUUUCAGAAGCUUAAUACGUGUUUUAUGGAACUGGUCGAUACACAUUUCAUGAUUAACUUUUUGCCGCUUGGCUUGUGUACAGAGAACAGUAUACAGUACAUCCUGCCACAGAUUGACAACUGCAUUCAGUACAGAAAGGAUGCAUUUUAAGAUAAAAGAUUUUGAUGCAGAGGAUGAUGAUAAAAGAUUUUGAUGCAGAGGAUGGUGAUGAUGAUUAAACUUUCGUAGUUCCUGGUUUUUUGUCCAUUAAAUUUUCCACCCUUUUUUGUUUUGUUUUGUUUUGUUUUGAAUGGGCUACUACAGCUGGUUUUUGAAAUUCAUCACCGAAUUGUGAAAUUGAUCUGCGAUGAGUUUUGGAUUUUUUUUAUUUUUAUUUUUUUUGUUUUUUCACAUUUCAAUCUGCAUCAGCUUGUAAUUUUCAGCAAUCUUUCCUUUAUUGAAUAUAUUUUUUUUUUUUUAAA